AGGAUAAAAACAAAAUUUUACACUCACAAUUUUUAUCCUAAGUGGCGCCUGAAAGAUGUCAAAGUAAACAGCGCCACUAUGUGGUCAGAUUUGGCAAAGGUUUAUUGGCGAGCCGAUCCUUCCUAUUUAUUAUUCAUCAAGCCUUCUUAUGUGACUAUCAACUAGUGCUAAUGUGGUCUAGACCUGCUGGAAAAUAUGUUCCCAAUGUAAAAUAAAUAAAUCAAUAAAAGUAAAAAUAAUCAGUUGUAAACACAGUUGCUGGUUUGACUUUUUUUAAUUAAGAGCUCUGACAAUUUUAUUUUACUUUAUUUUGCUAAUGUGGUUUAAUUGAUAGCACAGUGGGAUGGGUAGGGGCUGUUCCAUCCUGAAUCACCAGGUUUCUGACGCUUGGGAAGGCGUGUGCGCGUGAGCGAGGAAGAGGAGGAGUAUCUGAGGAGCACUAGAUCUGUGGCUGAUCCUGGACGCACGGACUUAAAAAACUUCCAUUCAUUAGAUGUUUUUCUUUUAUAUCUAAAAUCAUCUUAAUUGUUUUAUUUUAAUAGCAGACACUUUUCACUGACGCGUUUUGAUGCUGAAACAGAAGUUUUGAAGCUUGGAGUUUGUCGCUUUAAGGCCAGGAGCGCACUCUGCUCCCAUUUCUGCGACUGUCUCACCACCUUCGCCUUACACUGGAGUUUUCAUCUCAUCCCAUCAGCUAUGAUCGCUCCUGUUACCUUCACUUGAUCCAGAUAUGACUCCGCGCGAGGACAUUUCCAGCCGAACUGUGCGCAUGUUUUCCUAAAGCAAACCAAAAGAAGACGCGCGGGUCGCUGUGAUGAGGGACCGGCUGGCCGAACUGGCUGCUAGUAACACUCAAACGGGGGAAGAUGCUGCCAUCCCAGUGGACUGCAUGGAUGGCUUCAUGGAGAGCUUCUUCAGGAGGGUGGAGGAAGUUAGAGGACUCAUUGAUAAGAUCUCCCAUCAAGUAGAAGAGGUGAAGAAGACGCACAGCAUGAUCCUGUCUGCACCCAACCCUGAUAACAGGACAAAGGACCAGCUGAGCGUGCUCACCAAUGACAUCAGAGGGAAUGCCAAUGUGGUGCGGACUAAACUAAAAUCCAUGGAGCAAAGUAUGCCUAAAGAUGAUGUCACCAACAGAUCGUCUGUUGACUUCAGGAUCCAGAGAACGCAGCAUGCUGUGCUGUCCAGGAAAUUUGUGGAGGUCAUGACGCAGUACAACGAGACCCAAGUGUCCUUUCGGGAGAGAAGCAAAGGAAGGAUCCAGAGACAAUUGGAGAUAACUGGAAGAGUGACCACCAACGAAGAGCUGGAAGAUAUGCUGGAAAGUGGAAAUCCCUCAAUCUUCACAUCGGAUAUCAUCUCCGAUUCCCAGAUCACACGCCAGGCGUUAAAUGAAAUAGAGUCCCGGCACCAGGACAUCAUGCGUUUGGAGACGAGCAUCAAGGAGCUCCACGCCAUGUUCAUGGACAUGGCAAUGCUGGUAGAAACUCAGGGGGAGAUGGUGAACAACAUUGAGAACAAUGUUUCCAAUGCAGUCGAGUACAUUGUUAGUGCGAAAGAAGAAACGAAAAAAGCAGUGCGAUACCAGAAGAAAUCUCGCCGGAAAUACAUCAUCAUUGCCUUUGCUCUGUUGAUCCUGCUUGCUGUCGUUGCACUAAUUGUUGGCCUCUCUGUGGGACUAACCAAACCCCCUGUGUGAGAUCUGCUGCCAUUUCUAAAUGAGAGAACCAUCUACCUUGCCAUGUAUGGACUUUUCUUAUUUUUGCUCAUCAUAUUUGUAUUUGGUCGGAAGCAUUGAAGCUGUUUCUAAGUCUUUUCACCAGAAACAGCUGAGCUUUACAGACCUCAACACUGUUUUUCUGAAGCAGCUCUCUGCAGAAUCAGAAUAUUUUGACUUUCUUUUUGCAGCACACUGGAUUUAUUAACAGUUUUAUCCUAAGCAAACCUGCUAUUAAUCACUGCAUGCUGUGGAUUACUUUUUAAAACAUUUUUAAAGUAAUAUUUUCUGGAGAUCUCUGUUUAGAUUCUCAUUGAUCCAGUCAAAUGAAGAUGUUUUUCUAAAAGGAUUUCUCAGUUCUUUUUGUAGAAUGUGAUAAUAUAUUUGUAACCUUUUUGAAUCUGUGACAUGUUGUCCAACUGACUCAACGUAAGCAAAGCAGUUUAGGGACCGUUUCAUUACCUACACUAAGUUUAACACGCUCAGAAUUCCUUUCACUGAAUGAAUGAAACCAACCCCUCACCAUAAUACCCCUUCCACCAAACUUCACACAUAGUACAGUGUAGUCAGGUGAAUACCAUUACCAUGGCAACCGCCAAACCCACAUCCACCCAUGAAGCUUUCAGAUUAAGUGUUUUGUCAGAGAAUUUAGCUUCACUGUUUCAGAGUGGAUUCUAGAUUGACACUUUUACAUUUCACUAGAAAUCCAUCCCACAAAGUGAUGCUGCUCUCAAGCUCAUCUGAAUGUCUCUUAGAGGUCUGUUGUGACUGACUUAACAUGCUGACCAAAGUUCUUUCAAUUUACAUGUUCUACUACCUCAUGAUGGAGUUACUGAUGUUCCCAAUCACAACAUAUUUGUUAUAUUAGUUAUUAGAGAGGACAUGUCAUUGUCUGUAGAACAGGUGAGCUCCUGCCACAGUACCACACUGGGAUUCUCUUUAGUGAAAUGUUUUUAGAAACAGUCUGCAGAAGUUUUACACCUAUGAAUAAUUGAAACACACACAUCCAAUCAUUUGGAAGAAUGAGUGAAUACUUUUGGCAAUAUAAGGACUUUUUUACUAUUAUGCUGCAAAAGUGCCUUAUGCAGAAACCUUUAACUUGUGGAGGCUCAUUUUGAAUAGUUGUCAUUUUGUAAUAUUGUAUAUUUGUACUGAAGCGGAAAAGCAAACAAAAUAAAAGAUCUGUUCAAACCAAAA